AUGUCCACCGUGUCCUCCGCGCUCUCCGCGCGUCGCGCCGUGGCCGCCCCCGUGGCCGCCCGCGCGCCCGUGGUCGCGGCUCCCGCUCAGCGCGGCUCGCUCGUGGUCGUGGCGGCCUCCAAGAAGAAGGACGUCCGCCUGACCAUCACCCUCGAGUGCACCGAGCAGAAGGAGUCCGGCGUCGCCGGCAUGUCCCGCUACAUGACCCAGAAGAACCGCCGCAACACCUCCCAGCGCCUCGAGCUCAUGAAGUACAACCCGUACCUCCGCAAGCACACCCUCCACCGCGAGCUCAAGAAGUAA